AUGCCUUUCUCUCACAUUCACGCUUUGUUGGGGAGUGCCCUUUGGGACCCUGAGAUGCUCACGGACCAGCACCUUGAGAUGUUCCGGGAGCAAAUGCGCCAAUUUGAGGUGCAGAGUCUUGAGGAAAUCCUCAGCCCUGUCCAGGUUCCUAUUGGAAGCGUCAUCCACCAGAAGGUUCCUGAUCAUUGGGGCGUUGUCAAGAUUAGCAAUAUCCCCUACACUGUCACCCGCCAGGAAGUGCACCAUUUCCUUGGCCGCUCCGCUGGCCUCAUCUCGCCGCCGGAGGGAACCCCCGUUCACAUCAUAAUGGAACGCUCAACUGGCAAGACCAUGGACUGCUACGUUGAGUUUGUCACGCUCAAUGAUGCCAGGGAUACCGUCACCCGCAUCAACCGAUCUGCUGAGUAUGGACGCCUUCCUCGCAUGGGCAGUCGCCAUGUUGAGGUCACUUUGAGCAGCCAGGAUGAGCUGAUGCAGGCGCUGUUUCCUCGGGCCAAGUGCAUCAAGUGGGUGAAUGGAAAGCCCCUUGAACAGGAGAACACCGACUGGUGGUCGACUGGAUUCAAUGGGUUCCUGACAGACGAGGAGCUCUUCUGUGUCUUCCACCACGCGGAAGCGCCCCAGCGCAGCCCUUUUGCAGUCAAGGUCCCCCAGCGGACUUAUGAAUCCAUGAUCAGCACGAUCUGGAAGUUCCCUUGGUUUGCUACAGACAUGUACACUGUCCAUGCCUACAAGGAGCUGUUCCUUACUCUUCGUGGCAUGAUCAUGAUUCUUAAGGAUCGCAUUCGGCGGAGAAAUACCGUCGGCCUUGAUCAGCGGUUGCUCUUUGAGCUUGUCAAUGCGGGCGUGAACUGCCCUGCUUUCAACCCUCGCAUGAAGUACUGCUUCGCCUACCUUGCCGAUGACCUUACUGUGUUGUCUCAUUUGCCCGAGAACUACGUGCUGUACUUCCCUUUCGACACCCUGACCUGGCUCCCGGGAUACAACUUGACGACCCUGAAGUUCUAUGCGCACCUCAUUGGUCAUGGACGCACCUCCCACACUGAGCGUGAGGGAUUGAUCAAUGAGUACAAGGAUAUGCGUUUGCUACGUAUCUAUGGCACCUGGUGGUUUGAAUGGUUGUCGGAGCGCGAAACGACCCUGCAGUACUGUGAUGCUGUUCACUAUGAGAGUCGUGUCAUGCGUGAGCUCAUCAUCACGGGGUACAAUAACCUUCUGGAUACCAAGUCCAGCCCUUCGUCUAUUGGCACUGCCCCUAAGUCGCCCUCUGAUACUUCUGUCAAGUCGCCGGACAGCCAGAAGACGGUUCGCCCAAACAAGGCUCAAGUCACUUCCCGGGGACCCAAUGUUCCUCUUCCUUCUGAAGGUGCUCUUGUUCAGAUGCGCCAGGCCACUGAUAGCUUCCUGAUGCCUCCUCCCCCGGCUCCUCAAACCCCCAGCCAGGGCACCAACCCCUAUGUUAACCACCCUGUCAUUCCUCACACUACUAACCGUGGACCCAUGGGGAUGGUGACUCAGUCGGCCUCUCGCCGCAACAAUGAGCUGAUGCUUACUCACUACGUGCCGCACAGCAGUUCGCAUGGAAUCCGUUCUUUCUCUGUCCCAUGGGCUCCCUCUGUGGUGCCUUCGACUCCAGCUAACCGCCAGAAUCCCCGCUCCAUCACCGGCUUUGGCACUCCUGGUCGCCACACCACCUACGAGGGUAUGGGCUCUGCUCCUGGGCCUACUCCCGGGCCUACCACUUCCACUCCUCAGAUCAACCAGUCUCAGGAAAUUCAGAGUCAGAUCUACUGGUCCCAGAUUAACCAAACUCAGAACAACCGCCCCUCGUACCCUUUCCCUUUUGGGCGGCAGACUCGCCGUGAUGGCUCCACCUUCAACCGCCGCAACGAGUCCUAG